AUGGUUCGUUCUAAUUUAACGAAAAGCAGCCAAGCAGCAUUCAUCGAAGGCACAUUAGAAUUGGAAUCCGGAUUGAAGAUCAAUUAUGUGGCACCAGCACAUGCAGCACCGAUAAAAGAAAAUUCAUCAGCUGAGAAUAGUAGUGGCUCAAUUACACGUAAAAAAAGCUUUAUGGAAGGAAGUGAUCCACGAGAAGAAUGGGAAGGCGUUUUUGAGAUGUGUUACGCGUUGGACCAUGCUAUACGAUUUGAAACAGAUGAUUUAGUGAAAGGACGAAAAAUUCUGGAGAUUGAUUUUUGUACAGCUCUUCCUUCAGUCUUUGCUAUAAAAAAUGGUGCAAAACAUAUCACUUUACAUAGUAGUGACAAUGAAAUGAUGGAAUCGUGCGUGAAGCCGACGCUUUCUCGGAAUAAAAUCAAGAGUACGCAAUACAGAAUCCUUUGUAGCUCUUUAGAAGACCUUCGAAAAUUGGUAAAAUCAAAUGAAUUUGAAGUUAUUUUUUCUGUGGAAUUUUUUAAUAAAGAGAAAAAUCGGUUUGAAGAAAUUCAUAAUUUCAUCGACUAUGCAUUAGCCACUGAUGGAGUUUGUUUGUUGGAAUCUCGAAUGUUCUACAUCAACUGUGAAAGCAGUUUGCAAGAAUUUUUGGAUCUAGUUAAGACGAAGGGAAAAUUUGAUGUUUAUACCCGUUGGUCGACACCAAAAUCAGAAAUUAUUCAACGAAAAGUAAUCCAACUGACUCGAGCUAUACGAUGA